GCCAAACUUGCGCAAAACGAGUUCCGUUCUUCUCCCCCCCCCCUCCUGGGAACCCAAAAGGCUGAACUUGGAGAAGUCCAGGGCUGGGGAUGUGUUCCCUAGCACUCUUCCCGCCCCCGCCACCUCCAGGAGACAUCACCCUGUAUGAAUACAACAAUGCGCUGGUUUCUGGGCGUGGCAAUGAGAAGCUUCCACGUCCUGUCCAAGCACAGGUGGAAGACUUGCCCACUUUGACCAUCCCAAAGGAAACUUUGAAAGCUCACAGUCGACUGGAACACAGCGCUAAGCCAGCCUUCGUUCAUCACCGGGAGAUGCUGUGGAAGAGGUGCAUCAAUGCAUGGCGUGACGUCGGGGUGGCCGGAGUGCUCGAAGAGCUUGCGAAUGCAGAAGGGGAGGGCGACUUGAACCAGGAGUUGGGCGAGCCAUCCUGGACAGACUCUGCAAAACAACUAGCUGUCCAAUGGCUGAAAGCUGGAUCCCGCUGUACGCUAGCGCUCUGUCGUUGGGUCUCCUCCCUCCACGGCUCCUUCUUUCCCCAUUUGUCGUUGCCAAGUGAAGAUAUGAUAGCUGAAUUCUCCCCAGCGGUGGAUUGGGCUGGCUGCUCGAUCCGGGCUUUUGCUUGGCAUCCCCACACCAGCAAGUUUGCCGUGGCCCUGCUGGAUGACUCCAUUCGUGUUUACAAUGCCAAGAGCGCAACAAUCCCGAUCCUGAAACAUCGUUUACAGCGGAACGUGGCAUCGCUGGCGUGGAAACCUCUGUGCGCAUCUAUCCUUGCAGUAGCGUGCCACAGCUGUGUCCUGGUUUGGCAUCUGGACCCCACUUCCCUUUCCACCAGGCCUUCAUCCGGCUGCGCCCAGGUGCUCAGCCACCCCGGGCACUGCCCUGUUACCAGUCUGGCAUGGGCACCCAGUGGGAGAUUGCUGCUGUCAGCCUCGCCCGUCGAUACUGCCAUGCUGGUGUGGGAUGUAUCCACAGAAAACUGUGUCCAGCUGCAGUGGUUUGGAGGAGGCGGGGUCACAUACCUGGCUUGGUCACCUGAUGGCAGCAAAGUACUAGCAGCCACCCCUUCGGCUGUCUUCAGAGUCUGGGAGGUGCAAACAUGGACUUGCGAGAAGUGGCCAACUAUCAAGGGUCCCUGUCGGACAGGAUGCUGGAGUCCGGAUGGCAGCCGCUUACUCUUCACCGUCCAGGGGGAAUCGGUGAUUUAUUCCUUGUCUUUCUUGGAGUACAGUGGUGAGCUGCAAGGGCAGGUGGGUGGAUCGAAAACGGCUUCUGUCGUCGCAGAUUUGUCAGAAACCACCUUCGAGACUCUUUACGGGGAGGAGAGGAUUGGAGGGGAGGUGCAUUCCAUGGUCUGGGACCCACGUGGCGAGAGGCUUGCAGUGGUGAUCAGAGGCAAUUACAGCUCUUCCAACUGUAGGACCAUCAUUGCAGUAUUUCGAACACGCAACAGCCCCGUGUUUGAGCUCUUGCCAUGUGGGUUCUUACAGGGUGAAGAUGGUGCUCAGCCCCAGCUGGUUUCUUUCCACCCUUGCUUCAAGAAGGGAGCUGUUCUGACAGUGUGCUGGUCAACUGGAAAGGUCAGCCACAUCCCCUUCUUCUUUGUGAGCGGUCCGUUUCCCUCUUUUAGUUCUCCGCAAAGUCCACUGGUGCCGUUGGGCAGUCAAAGCAGCGCACGGGAGCAGCCAUUGUUUUCGGAACUCUGAAGCCCAGUAUGGCGACCAGAUACUUCACACCGCUCAGGCCUCUGUCCUUCUCUGGCAGUCUGCGCAGCUGAACAGAUCUUCAUUGGAGACUUGAGUUUCUCUCAGUCUGACUUUGGGAGUGCAGCUGGCCUCCCCUUGGCUUGGAUUAUCUGGCAUGUUGCAUACCUGUGGGAUAUCCGAAGCCUUCGUCCCCUGAAUGACUACCCACUUGAGAUGGACAACCUUGUAACUGUACCUGAGGCAGAAACUGAAAAUAAAAAGGAGGAAUGCUGUCUGUCUGCUUGCAUAGAUCUUGGUUCUGUGCAAAGGCAGAGACAUUUCAGCACCUCUAAAGCAAACCUGCCUCGGGACUUUGUAUAAUCAGGAUCCAGAAGUUGUUGUUUCUAAGGGAAAUAAACAGGAGUGUUGU